GACGCAUGUGCAACAACAAGAGACCAGAGAGUAGACUGUGGUGAAUCUCGUGCGAAGCAGUCAGUGCGUGCGGCAGAGAAAAAAGCUUGAAUAUCGAUAUUUUUACACGAGUAUUGCUCAAUACCAAUACCAGCGUUGGUAUCGAUAUUAUCGAUAUUUGGAUGGAUCCGCCCACCUCUAAUAUGCGGUAGACUCUCACAACUUUUGGGAGACUUGGGAAGUCUGAUUUAUAGUGGAGAUACACUUCAUCAUAAGUAUGGUGCUUAAAGAAAACUUCAACUCCUACUCAAAUCACUUUUAAUAGAGCAGUUUUUAAAGCACUUUUAUUGAUUUUUUUGUCUCUAGUGCUUAUAACGUUACCUGUUUGUAGCUACUACAGACUAUUUUCAGUUAAGCAUUUUUUUGCUGUGUGUCAAAGGGUCUCUCCCGCCCCUCACUGAAUCCAGACAUGCGCACUACAAAACAUGGCGGACUCGCAUCACGUUUGAGAAAUUAACACAAAUCUUUGCGAAUAAGGCAGGGGAAGGAGGAGGGACUGGUCGCCUGCUUUUUCACGCCAUCCUCUUGGCGCAAAAAGGCGCACUUCUUUUGAAAGAAAGAAGAAAACAACAGUCUAACUGGAGGAACCGUUUACCAAGACACUAAUGCAGACCUGAGGCAAACUUAAAUACAGCAGGAUGAGAAAACCUGUGCUACACAAAGCUCUUGAAUGGAAAGAUGCCAAGCGUAUCAAACAUCCUCGCAGUGGGCGGCCGUCACGUGUUCCAUUGCAGUAUCAAGGUACCUUGAUAACCACAGGGCAUUUCAGCUGGGAGAAGUAUCUGAAAGAGACUGGUGCAAUAGCUGCUCCUGCCCAUUGUUUCAAACAAAGCACUACACCCCCAGUAAAUGAAUUCAAGGCAGGGAUGAAGCUGGAGGCUCAGGAUCCCAGGAACACCACAUCGACCUGUAUUGCCACGGUUGUGGGACUGACCGGCUCACGCCUUAGGUUACGCCUGGAUGGCAGCGACAACAAGAACGACUUCUGGCGCCUGGUAGAUUCGUCUGAGAUCCAGCCCAUUGGCAGCUGUGAGAAGAGUGGAGGCAUGUUGCAGCCACCCUUGGGGUUCCGUCUGAACGCAUCAUCCUGGCCUAUGUUCUUACUGAAAACACUCAACGGUGCUGAGAUGGCACCACCACGCAUCUUUCACAAGGAGCCUCCCUCUCCAGAGCAGAACUGUUUCCAAGUGGGUAUGAAGCUAGAGGCGGUGGAUAGGAAGAACCCACACUUUAUUUGCCCCGCCACAGUGGGGGCCCUGCGAGGCGUGGAGGUGCAGGUCACCUUCGAUGGCUGGAGGGGUGCCUUUGACUACUAUUGCCGUUACGACUCCAGAGACAUCUUUCCAGUGGGCUGGUGCUCACUCACCGGAGACAACCUGCAGCCACCUGGAACUAAAGUGGGGUUACCGAAGCAGCUGGGUGCUUUGAGCUCCCUGCCUGACGGAGGUGUGGAGGGUGCAGGUAUGCCCCCUACGUCAACCAAGCCUCCAGCCCAGAAGGGACGAAAACCUGGCCGCAGGAAAACUAAGCUGACCAGCGCCUGGGGCCAAAAAGGCACCCCAGCCACUGUGGGGCUUGAGGUAGACCAGCCUGAAAAAGCACUUGAACCAGUAAAAGUCCCCAAGAAGAGAGGACCCAAACCUGGAAGCAAGCUAGGCUGGGCUAAGCAGUCUGCAUGGCUGGAGGGAGCGAUGGCAGGUCCUGGUAGACCCAGAGGCCGACUGCCAGCCAGCUGGACUCAAAGACUGCAGCAGCAGGAGAUGGAGCCCAUCAAGAUUCCAAAAAAGAGAGGUCCCAAACCUGGCAGCAAGAGGAAACCACGUGUGGUACCGGACCCAGUGCCCAAUUCCCCCACGAGCAGCACUCCAGAACCAGACACCAGCUCUGUGCCUUUGGAUAAUGCUACCAUACCCAGCUCUGCCCUACAGGCUCCAACAGUUUGUGUGUACCUGAACAAGCAAGGGAAGGUUGGUCCUCACUUUGACCCACGGCGUGUGCAGGCUCUGCCUGACCACUUUGGCCCUGGUCGGGCAUCCUCUGUGCUGCAGCAGUGUGUACAGGCCUGUGUGGACUGUGCCCACAACCAGAAUACUGUCUUCAGCUGCCUCAAACCAGGGCAUGGGGGGGAGCUUAUCUCAGCACACUUUGACCAGCAGCAGCACACGUUGACCUUACCAGCAGUAAACAGUGUGACAUAUGUGCUGCGCUUCCUGGAGAAGCUCUGCCACAACCUGCACUGCGAUCCUCUGUUUGGCAGCCAGCCUGUGCCUCUGGGAGGGGUCCACUAUGACAGCCAUACUUACACAGAGCGAAGAGACCUGAAUUCAGGGCCUGGCCGAGGUACUAAAAGAUCUAUUCAGGAAUCAUACAACAGCAGCCUGCUGCCCCACAAAAUCACAAAAACCCAUCGCCUUUCCUCUGAAGAGCCAUUUCCAGUGGAGAAUGGAGGCUCAGAGCACUUGGAAAAAACACCACUCUCCCCUAGUAAGAAUCUGAGUCUGCACCCUCUUUCUCAAAGCAGUAGUUCCCCCAGCCGGCUUCAUCGCCUGGGCUCUGCAGGUUCAGAGCGCUUCCUGAGCUCCAGGGAGAGCCCACGACCCAGUGGCCAGGACCCCAACCUGUGGACAGUGGAAGACGUCAUGCAGUUUAUUCGAGAUGUGGACCCUCAGCUAGGCUCGCAUGCAGACCUUUUCCGCAAGCAUGAGAUUGAUGGAAAGGCCCUCCUCUUGCUGCGCAGUGACAUGAUGAUGAAAUACAUGGGCCUGAAGCUCGGUCCUGCCCUCAAACUCACCUUCCAUAUCGACAAACUCAAACAGGUUCGCUGAUCUCGCAUCAGCAUCAGAACCAUCUCCCAAAUCCUGUCCCCCUCCCCAUCUACCCCUAGAAAGCACAGGGCAUAUUGGAAACACAUGCCCAAAGAAAGCAUACUGAAGCAUAUUGUAGCACUCAGCAGAAUUUCAGCCUGGCCAUUUCUGAGUUUGUUUCCCUUUGUCUAUUGUUGCCUACUUGUUCCUCUUUGUUGUUGUAUGUUUUCGUGCAUGUAGCACAUUUUACAUCUUACCUCUGUCUCAUGCUAGGGUCAGUUGACUCACGCACAGUACUUUUUUAUAUGUUGUUUCAUCCUAAAUGUUAUGUUUUGUAGUUAAAGCCAAGGUCUCAAAUUUAUGCAGGCUCACAGCCGUGUGGACAGUAUCAAGGCCACUUUUGGGCCUCUGUUUCUAAGACUUGUUUUUAUAAAUGUUUAAUGGAUGACAGCCUCUGUUAAUAAGGACCUGGAUUUUCUUUUCUAUAAAAAUCAUUUUUCUGUAAUAAACAGUUAAACACUAGAUAUGUCCCACCAAACUUUGGGAUUGAUUCUGACUGAUGUCUCCUUCAGAGACCAUUUUUCAUACUUAAUACUGUACUUUAUACAUAACAUCACGUAACUUGCAAUUACUUCCAUGAUAAACUGUGUCUUUUGUAUUGUCUUGAUGUUUACAUGCUGUCUGUUAUUUGUACUUUUAAAAAGUUUUAUACUAUAUUUGUUAGAGUUCGUACAUUUCGAGCAUUAUACUCAGUGAGACUGUAAUAAAAUAACAUGUCUUCUGAAAAGUU